UAGAUCAGUGAAAUGCCUGAAAAAAGUGCCUGGGACAAGAACUGUCUUCUGUCUGGCCUUUGUGGGAGCUCAAAUCAACUUUCUGCCAUGAAGGAGUUAAUAUAAAGAAUUUAGAUAAUGGGCUGUGUGCAAUGUAAGGAUAAAGAAGCAACAAAACUGACGGAGGAGAGGGACGGCAGCCUGACCCAGAGCUCCGGGUACCGCUAUGGCACAGACCCCACCCCGCAGCACUACCCCAGCUUCGGCGUGACCUCCAUCCCCAACUACAACAACUUCCACGCAGCGGGGGGCCAAGGACUCACCGUCUUUGGGGGUGUGAACUCUUCAUCUCAUACCGGGACCUUGCGUACCAGGGGAGGAACGGGAGUAACCCUGUUUGUAGCCCUUUAUGAUUAUGAAGCACGGACAGAAGAUGACCUGAGUUUUCACAAAGGAGAGAAAUUCCAAAUAUUGAACAGCUCGUUAAGGCAGUGUGCCUGCCCAAAAACUUCUGGCUUCAAAGAAAAUGGUGGUGGGGGCUCCCGGCUGGCGCAGUCAGUAGAGCAUACGUCUCUUAAUCCUGAGGCU